CUUCCUUUUUCUCAAGCCCUUGGAGGUAAAAGUACCCUCUUGCUUGGACUUAUUAGGGCCAGCCAAACCCCUAAGGUUCUCAGUCAUCAUGGCCUUGAAACCCGACGACCCCAGUGGUGGGUUCCAGCACAGCAAAGUAGUAACCUUCAUCAAUGAGAAGAUGGCUGGGCACACAAAAGGCCCAGAGUUCUACCUGGAGAAUACAUCCUUGCCCUGGGAGGAGGUGGAGGACAAACUCAGGGCCAUCCUGGAAGACAGCACAGUGUCCAGUGAGGCCAAAGAGGCCUGUGCCUGGAGCAGCCUGGCCCUAGGUGUGCGCUUUGCCUGCAGGCAGGGCCAGUUACACAAGCACAUGGUACACUGGCUGCAUGACUUCGCCAAACUGCAUAAGACCACUGCACAGACCUUGGCCUCAGACCUAAAGGAGUUCACUACACAGCAGGAGAUGGAGCACCAAGAGGCAGCCUUCCAGCUACAGAUGGCCCAGGCCAACCUGGAAGAGGUGCAGAUGGAACGGGAUUUCCUGAAGUGGAAGCUCCUCCAGCUGCAGUCUCUGCAGAAGCAGGUCCAGGUCUCAGAGGAGCCAGGCCUGGCCACAAGGACAGAAGGAGCAGGUGAGGUAGAGGAGGCAGGAGUUGCUGCCACUUCUACUGCUUCUACUGGCACUGCAGGAAGAGGAAGAGGACAGAAGAAUGCAGAAGGGGCAGAAGCUGCAAAGGAGCCAGGUGGAGGCCUCAUGCACCUGCCUGGAGCUGUGGAGCGGAAAAAUUACACCGCCAGUGGGCAGAGGAAGGGAGAUAUUAAGUCAGUGGAAACAGCCAUGUUUUAUUUCUCUGGGACCAUCAAGCCUAUGGCCACAGUCACACCAUCACCCCUUCCUGUCCACCUCCCUGCCUCAUUCACAUACUCCUACGCCUGUCCCUUUUCCCCCUUCCCACCUGCGCCCACACCAGUCCCACCAGCAACACCAUUCACCGUAGGAAAUCCAGUUCAGACAUCUCCCCACUGGAGGCCCUCUGAGGUUAGUGUGAGAUCUAAUGUGGGGUCCCAGGGAAAAGACCCUCAAGAAUCCCAAAGAGACAGGAGAGACUCUGGUCCCUAUCAGCCUAGAAGAUCUCCCAUAUUUCGCAGACCUGGGGAUUGGGACUGCCCUUGGUGUAAAGCUGUGAAUUUUUCAAGGAGGGAAGUUUGCUUCCGCUGUGGGAGGGGAAUCUGGCUGCAAAGACCUCAGUAAAUUAAGAAAUGUCGAAUAGAACAGAAACCUAUA